AUGUAUCUAUCAUAUUAUUUGAUAGUGCUUGUUUUGCCAUUGUACAUCGCACAAGUAACGGUAUCAAAUGAAGGCGAUGAGACAGUACAAGCAGCAAUAAGAUAUGACGACGAAAUAAGGACUGUGGGUGAUGACAGUAGAGCGAAGGAAAAACGAUACAAAUGUGAAGUAUGCGAUAAGCAAUUCGGAUAUUCAGGCACUCUGAAACGCCAUAAGAUGAUACAUACCGGUGAAAAAAAUUACAUAUGUACGGUAUGCAAUAAAACAUUACAAAGGUCCUACGAUAUGAAGAUCCACCAAAUGACGCACGAAAACGUGCGACCAUUCAAAUGUUACGUGUGCAAUAAAACAUUCAAAUGGUCCAGCAAUAUGAAGAGACACCAAGUGGCGCACGGAAACGAACGACCAUUUAAAUGUUACGUGUGCAAUAAAACAUUCAAAAGUUCCGGCAAUCUGAAGAGACACCAAUUGACGCAUGGAAACGAACGACCAUUUAAAUGUCACAUGUGCUGUAAAGCAUUCAAAAAAUCCGGGGUUCUGAAGAGACACAUUUUGACACACGAAAGCGAGGGACCAUUUAAAUGUCACAUGUGCUGUAAAGCAUUCAAAAAAUCCUGGAAUCUAAGGAAACACAUAUUUACGCAUGGAAACGUGCGGCCAUUCAAAUGUGAAGUAUGUAGUGGAAAAUUCACUCGGAAAGCUGAUUUGAAUAGACACGUGAAAAUUCAUAAAAGUUCGGAUGAAAAGCUAUAUUCCAUAGCAAGCUCCUUAACGAUAUCGAUAGCGGAUGAUAUCAUUGACACAGAAAUAUCAAUAAGGGAAAUAAUGAGAUUCGCAGGAAUAUAA